AUGCAGUGGCCUUGCCUGCUAUUCAUAGGUCUAUUUCUGGAGCUGACGAAGGUGCACUCUGGACCAGCAUUUCCACUGCACACAAGCGGACGUGUGAUUCUUGAUGCGGAAGGACAUCGUGUGCGGCUGAAGUGUGUGAAUUGGUAUGGAGCACAUCUGCCGCAACUGGUCGCAAAUGGAUUGGAUCGACGGCAACCAGGAGAGAUUGCUGAAACCAUUGCAAAGUCCGGCUUCAAUUGUGUCCGGCUUCCCUUCAGCUUGGAUGGUGUCAUUGGCAACUUUACGAUUCCUAACCCGAAGGUGUCGCUGGCCGGAUGUCCCGAGCUACAGGACCUCUCGCCCUUGGAGGUUUUUGACAGCACAGUCAAUGCCCUCACUAAGAGUGGCUUGAUGGUCAUUCUAAACAACCACGUUUCCACAAGUAUGUGGUGUUGCAGCCUUUCUGAUGGAGAAGGCCUUUGGUACACAGAAAAGUACCCAGAAUCAUCCUUUUUCCAAGCUUUAAGCUUCAUGGCUCAACGCUAUAAGGGCAAUCCAUUGGUGAUCGGUUUCGAUCUGCGCAACGAGAUUCGACCAUCAGGUGGACGAUGGCCACAGUGGGGAAGCAAAAACAAUGCAACUGAUUGGGCUGCUGCUGCAGUUGUCGCUGCAAAAGGAGUGCUGGAUGCAAAUGAGAACAUGCUGAUCAUUGUCUCGGGUCUCUAUUUCAGUAUCUUCCUGUGCCAGGUCCCAGUCUACCCUUUGCACGAGGUUCCUUUUCUCCAUGGGCGUCUCGUUUAUACAGCCCAUGAGUAUAACUGGUUCAAUUUUCAUCUCGCAGCUCGCAAGGGAAUCGAGAUUUACAUCGUCGUCGCUCUUGCCGUGCUCCCACUAUGCUGGCUUGGACGAUGCCUCAGCCAAUCCUUGCGUCUUCCAGCGUGUCCCUGCUGUCGAAGGGCAGUUGAACCAGCACGGGAAUGUUGCAGGGGCCCUUCCAGAAGCCUUGGCAGCUGUGGCCUGUUCUUUCAGUUUUCAGCUGCGGCCCUCUGUGCCACGCUUUUCGCUUUUGGCCUAAAGUUUUCAGAAAGCUUCAUCCAACAGUGCGACAUCAUUGGUGUUUACAUCGCUCUAUUUUGCGGUGUACUGACACCCACAUGUGCCCUUCUCAGUUUGAUCCUGUGGAGCAGAGCUGCCUUCAACAUCAUUGCGCGGCGCGUAGAGAUCCGAGAAGCCGCCGUGCAGUUUGAGUUGCCGAUCUUGUCCAGGGACCUUGAUCGAGAAACCACCGUGGGUGAAACACCUCGAGAAGUGCGCAAUUCGACCAGCGGCUGCCAUGGCUGCGAUUUUCCACAGCAAGCCAAACACUGUCGUGGAACUGGUUGCCUUCUUGCGAUUCUGAUGCUCACUACCGUGUGCAUCCUUAUUAGUGUUUGGUAUGAGUUUGGUCAAUAUCCGGCCUUCGCAAAAGAGUUGGACUUUAAGUGGGGUUUUUUGAUGUCAGGCGCUAACCCGGCACCUGUGUGGCUUGGAGAGUUUGGUACUCAAAGAGAAUCUCUGUGGUGGAAACAUAUAUUAAGAUAUCUCCACGAGCAUGAUGCAGAUUUUGCCUAUUGGAGUGUGAAUGGUGAGAAGUACAAUGGGAUAUCAGAGAGUUUUGGCCUUUUCAUGGAGGAUUUUGAGACCGUUCGGGAUCCGUGGAAGUUGGCCCAACUACAAGCCUUGUAG